UGUCCUUAACUAAUCAUAAAUAUAUUUGUUUUGUUUAAUAUUAUAAGAAAUAAAAGGGAUAAAUUUAUACAUAUAUUCGAAUCUACUAACUUUGGCGAUCAGCAUUUCGGCAUCUUGGCUCUCGAUUCCCGGCAUCUCUAUUCGGAUCCUAAAUCCCACUUGUUUGAUCCAACGGCUCACAUUUUCUCUCACUUUCUCUUCCUUCACCUCAAUAAAUAACCCAACUGCUCCACCAAAAUAAAAACAACAACGAACAAAAAAUAAUUCUCAACCAUAAAUUAGAAAAAGUAUUUUUCUGUUUCUCUCUCAAAAAUAAUCUCACUAGACAAAACACAGAGAGAGAAAGAGAAAAAUGAACGUCUUGGAUUCCCCUCUCGAAGCUCUUGUUUUCAAUUACGUCAGCUUUGGUUUCUUCACCUUCGUUAAUAAUCUAUGGACGUGGGUCGCCGUCUUAACGGCCGCCGUUAGCUUCUGGAAAAUCAGAGCCACCGCCGUAGACGGACCACCAGGAGUAUCUCCUUCGUGUGAUGAUCGGUGCUCAAUCACUCCGUCUGCGCCGCCACCAACUGAGCCGGCUUCGGCUUUGGCUUCUGCUUCUGUUUCUGGACACGUGGCGGAAGAUAAUGGAGCUGAUAACGUAGUUCUGACAAAGGGACGGAAAUUCAGUUUGUAUUACGAGAUUAAUAACGGCGAGCUGACGGAGAGUGACGGCGGAGUCGAGACGGUGGUGGUUGAGGAGUAUUGUGGCGACGAUAACUGCGGUGUUGGUGGUUGGUGGGAGAGAUCAAUGUUGAAGAGGAGAUUGGAUGAGAAGAGUUGGUACCGUUACCAGGAUUUGACGGAGCUUAACGGCAAUGUGGUUCGGUUAUGGGAUGAUGAUUAUUGUAGAAUAAGUAGUAGCAGCAGCCUAAUAAGGAAAACUGCAACGACGCCGUAUUAAUUAUUAGGAGUAACUGGAAACGCUGCGUUUCAUUCAGGGUAGUUGUUAUGUAGUACAGGCAGAAGAGGAGAAGAAGGGUAAUCAAUCAAUAAAAGUCGCUAAAUUAAAUUGUAAAUAUUUGUUAUGAAAAAAUUGAUGGAUUAAUGUUAUAUAUCCGUUAAUAUAUUAAUCCAAUGCAAAGGGUUGGAUUUUUUUGGGUUA